AACCUCAACAUGGCUGAUUUAGUUGCAGCAGUAGCUACCUGCUCUCUUUCUAGCUACAUUGUCAGUGACGUUCUCAUUCCAGCCAGUGACGUGUAGGCUGUGACGUUUCUUGCCUACACACACCUGCCAUGAUGCAAUUGCUCGCAGAUCAUGGGCAUUUACCUUUCGCAUACCUCUGCUACAUGCCACCAUCCAGGCCGGCGUUGCUCACUAAUAACGCACCUAGCAUGUGACUGCGCGUAAAAGGAAAAACACGACACGUCACAGUACCGAGAUACCUGUGCGAGCAUACACCGCUCAAGCAAUACAAAACCCUCUUUGUUUCGGACGCCUCUCGUACUCAUUCUCUCCCUGUUGCCUAUUCACCUUCUGUCUUCAUCCCACAUCAAAGUCACCUGCAAGCAGAAGACGACUUCAGUAUCACGUCAAAGUUCAAAUACCCUCAAGGCGUCCACCUAGAGUCUCUACACAAUGCCGAGCAACGACUUGGACCAGCUGCCCGUUCCUCGACUACCCAUCAGAGAAGAGGACAAACGACUCUUUGCAUCAAUCAAUGGCUUUGUCCACCAGUACAUGUCCAACUACGACAACUCACACGAUUACCAACACAUCCUACGCGUCCUCUCCAACACCAACCGAAUCCACCAGGCAGAACUCAAGGCCGAUCCUUCAGCCAGCUACGACACCACCGCCAUGUUCCUCGCUGCAGCUCUGCACGACGUAGGCGAUCACAAAUACGCAAAACCAGGCGAAGACGUCGAGCACCAAAUCGCCAACACCCUCCUCCAUCAUGGCGCAUCCAAAGAGCUAGCCCUAAAAGUUCAAACCAUUGUCAAACACGUAUCAUACAGCCACGAAGCCAGCAACCCACAAGGUGUUGCCCUGUGCCUUGAGCAACAUCCUGAACUAGCCAUUGUCCAAGACGCGGAUCGGUUGGAUGCUAUUGGCGCAGUGGGAAUAGCACGCACCUUUUCUUUUGGAGCAGCAAAGAUGCCGGACCUACCCAUGGGAAGGACUAUUGAUCAUUUCGAGGAAAAAUUGUAUAGGCUAGCGGGCAUAAUGAAGACGGCGUCUGGGAGGGAGAUGGCAAGGCAAAGACAUGAAAUUCUCAUGGAGUUUGUGGAUAAGAUGGAGGAGUUGGUGAAUGACUCAGUUAUUCGGGAGAGUCGGGAGAGGCUGAAGUAG